GAAUGAUCCGCUUGAAAAGAAAAUGAUGAAGUUGAUGUUGGACGAGGAAGAAUUGUCAGUAAAUAUACUUGAAGGAUUCAUCAAGAUUUGCGAAGAUCCUAAAUUGGCGUUAUAUUCGUCUGAUUUAUUAAGGGAUGCUGUAUUUCUCGAAAUACCAUGUAAAAUUGUUCGUGUUGAAACAGGACGUGUAGAUAGAUUGGCAAUGAUUUUAUCUAAGGACAAUCCGUUCACCGGUGUAAUUAAUUUUCAAUUAUUGAAAUUUAUCAACAGCGGUAUGAAUAAUCGUAUGAAAGACUUAUCAUCCGAAAAGAAAUCUAGUGAUAUGAUUCAACAUCAACCAAUUGGGAUUAACAGCGUCAUAUCCCUUAUUUUUUUCAUCCUAAUUGGUAUAAUAUUGAGUAUUUUUAUUUUGUUCAUAGAAAAAUAUUUGUUUGACUCGUAAAAUAGAAAAGAGGUUUAGUUUUACGUUCAUUUUUAUUAA